UUUUCAGAUGUUUUUAAAUACUCUACAUAAGUCUAAAAAAUUUGAAGGAGUUUGAUAAUGAAAAUUCAAAAGCCAAUUUUAGAUGUUUUGCAAUCAGAUUAUCGGGGCCUAUCAACAGAAUUGAAAAAGAAAUAUGUACCAAUAAAAGAAGCUUGUGAAAAGGCUAUUAUUAAGUUACGAGAAAUAUGUGACGAUUUAAAUAUAUCCUUAAAUAUUGGUAAGGAUUUGAUUUUACCAUAUGUUUUAGCUUGUGAAACUAAACAACAUAAUUUAAUUUCUAUAUCAUUGAUGGGCCUUCAAAAAUUAAUAUUAUAUCAAUUGUUAAAUGAAGAGUCAUCUUAUAUAGUUGUUGAUAUCCUAAAAAAUUUAGUGAUUAAUAGUGUGGAAGAAAUACGUGUUUUACAAACAAUCAUAGUUCUAUUAACUUCUAAUCAAAUUAUUAAACAUGAACACCUUGCAUUAACUUUAGUUAUGUGCUUCAAUUUGAAUUUUAAAAACUAUAUAACUGAUCAAUCAAUUGUAGCUAAGGAUAAAGAAAUUUCAACUAUUAGCAGCACUGCUGCUGCAACAAUUCAACAAUUGAUAUCUGUAGUUUUUGAUCGCAUAUCCUUUGAACAAAUAGACCCAAAUAAAGUGACAAGCAAUAGCGACUCGGGUCGAAAAGCGACUCACCACGAUCUUCCACCUUAUUCUCAGGAUGCAUAUUUGCUGUUUCAGGAUCUCUGUCUGAUGGCUAACGGCGAAACAACGAAAUGGCUCUUAGAAUUGCCUCAGAUAUCUCGAAAUGUCCCGCUAGAACUUAUCGAAGGAAUACUGAACAAAUUUUCUUCGAUAUUUAUACAAAUACCUCAAUUCCACUCACUCUUAAAAGACCAAGUAUGUCCUUUGAUCAUAAAACUUUUUAGCCCGAACGUAAAAUACAAUAAUAAUCGUCACACGAUAGCCACUAGUCCAGGCGUAGCGGGUCAUAAUGGCAACAACUCUAUCGAAAAACCUUUGUUUCCUAUCAAUUUACGUUUGUUGCGUAUAGUUAGCGUCAUAAUAGACCGCUUUCACGAUUAUUUAAUUAUGGAAUGCGAAAUCUUUAUUUCUAUGCUCCUGAAAUUUACCGAUCCCGAAAAACCUUUAUGGCUGAGGGUCAUCACUCUCGAAACGUUGUAUAAAUUGUUUUUGAAGAUCGAUAUCUUAAGGUCCAUAUGCAGAAAUUAUGAUUUGAAAUCGCAUUCCUCAAAAAUUUACCAUAUGUUGAUUGACACCCUUCAAAACAAUAUCAGAACCGAAUUUCUGGAAACCGACGAUAAACGGGAAAUUAUAGGUGUUAAUAAUACUUCUACUCAUGUCAAUAACCCUCAAUCGCCUAGCCUCGAUAUCGCGUUUUAUAUCCAUGAUAAAGUUGUUCAAUUAUCCACUUUCAUCUCCCCUAAACAAUUUAAACCUUUAUAUUUCGAAAUGUUAGAUAAAGACGAAGCACCUGCUAUUUCAGAAAAAUAUCUGAUCACUUUGUUGCACGUAUGUUUAUUGGAUUUGGUGGAUACAUUGACUUUACACAUCGUUCAAAGCUCCACCCAAAUACCUUCAAAAAUCGAUGAAAUAUCCCUGAAAUUGAUCCAAUACUCUUGGCUGCAGAUUUUAUCGUCCUUAACGAUUUUGCUCGACGCCACCCAAAGCCAAAUAUUGAUAGAUUCGUUGACUAAUAGUAUGAACAAGAUGAUUAAGAUUUGCGGUCUAUGUGACCUAUCAGAUCCCAAAAUGGCAUUUAUUACGUCACUUUGCAAGGCCUCUCUACCUAAUCAUUAUCCUUACAUAAAACAAAUUCUCUGUCAAGACGAAACAAACGGUUCCCCUAUUUUGGAAAAUAAGAACGAAAAUAUUGCUCUCAAGGACCAUCGCGCUAUUACCACAUUCUCCUUUAGUCAUAAAAGCGAGAGAUGCUUUAUAGCUUUACUUGAAUUGAUUCGCGAAGAUGGCAAGAUGCUUUGCUCGACUUGGAAAAUCAUGUUAGCCACUAUACACCACAUCACAUUGAUCAUGGGAUUCAAGCUUCCCGUUUACCACAGGGUCUAUUACGACAAUAAAGGAGCCCCUAAAUCGACGCUCCAACCCCAAAAAGUAUCGACUCCGGUCACUAACGGAGAAAAUAACGUUAAAUCUAAUAAUAAUAAAAUUGGAUUUAAUACCGCGAAUGGUGGUACUCAAGAUGUGGCUACCACUCAAUCAAAUUAUCCAUUUUCUUCGAGGAUUCAGAAUCUACUGACGAAUUUAUUCGAAAAUUCCUUGAAUUAUUCUGAAAAAAAUCUUCUGAAUUUGUUUGAUGCUCUAAUUGAACUCUCCGAGCAGGUUGCAGAAUAUACCACGACAUAUAAAGAGCCGACCCAUAUGCCCUCAUUAUUCCCGCUCUCAAAACUUUUCGAAGUAGCCCACCUCAAUACCUUCAGAGCAUCUCUAUACUGGCAGGCGGUGGUUCAGUCAUAUAUUUGCGACGAUGUCAUAAUUGACGAAAUCGGGAAUCACGAAAACAUGAAAAUCAAAGAAUUUUGCGACGAAAAUUUGAUAUUACUGAUUAGAUUCGCUUUGGACAAGAAAUUAUUGGAUUUUGAAAACCAGGAAAAAAAGAAUGAUGACCACAGUCCAAGCUUCGAUAAUUCGCGAUGCGAUGCUCAAGUAUCGAUUCUUGCUAUAUUCAGCCCUUUGCUAAGCGUUAUCGCCAAAUGUCCCAACAAACUCUCCGAACUCAAAAUAUCCCAUUUAAGCGCUCUACUGUCACUUUUAAGAGAAAAGGGGAAAUCUAUCAUACUCAAUUCGAAUACCCGAUUUAGUACCGUCAGUAACGCGAUGAGCUGUCAAGACGAACAUUCUUUGGGUCGAAACGAGAGUAUUGAUUGUUUAUCUAGUCUAAUUAAUACGCUCGGAUCUGUUGCUGACAAUCAAACUAUUAACGUUCAAUCACCACCAUCGAAAAAAGAUGUUAAAAUAGGAGACGACAUUCUCGUAGAUCAUAUGAAAGCAUCUGACAACAAUAUCAAUUCAUCUAAUUGCAUAUCUACAGCGUUUCAAUGUCUAUGCCUACUGAUUAACGAUUUUUUGCCUCAUUUUUCAGCGAAUUGUCUUAAGAAUUGUAUAUCAGUUGUGUCCAAAUAUUCGGCUCAAGAAGUUCAUUUAAAUAUCUCGUUGACAUCAAUAGGCUUACUGUGGAAUAUAUCAGACUACCUGCACCAAAAUUACGAAAAACUAUAUUACAAACUCCAACACGAUGAAAAUGACUUGAUUCAUUCAAACACUUUGGAAUCCUACUUUAAAGUGGAUAGCGACCAAAUACAUCCAAAUAUAAAGAACAUGGAUUUAAAUCCGAUAUCCAAAAAUGAGAUGAACACGGAUAACGAUAUCGAUUAUACUCCCAACACGAUUUGGAUGUGUCUGUAUUCCAAAUUGGCGUGUUCUUGUUUAGAUCACAGGCCCUCUGUCAGAAAGAGUGCAUGCCAAACUCUUUUCUCAACUUUGGAAGCGCAUGGUUUAUUAUUGGGCCCAGAUUCUAGUCGGAUCUUUAUCCGGAAGAUUCUUUUUCCCUUGUUAGAUCACGUGAGAAUAAACGCUAUUAACGCUUCCACUCAAAAAUCCCAAAAUUUGUUGAGGAAAAAUAAUCCCUCCUUAUUGAUCCAUCAUUCGCGAGAUACGCCCAUAAAGCAAUGGUCAGAGACUCAGACUAUGGCCCUAGAGGGUCUUGCCCGUAUAUUUACCAAUCGCCAUAUUGCUUUGGAUGCUAUAGAUUUUUAUGAAUCCUGGUGCUGGGUCAUGCUCUAUAUAGAAAAUUGCGUCUUAUCUACUGAGUCGAGCGAGAUAUCUUUAGCCGCUAUCAAAUGUUUUAAGGAGAUGUCGGAGUUGAAUUUGAAUGAAAUAUAUUCUAAAACGGAGGAUAAAAACUUAGAUGACUAUUUAGUCAAAAGUGUAUCCCAGCUUUGGCGCACUUGGUUAUCCAUGAGUUUCCUCUCGUUUCCGCCUUCGCUUUCUCUUUUACCAAAAAUCGUUCAAAAAAUUUGUUCAUGCGGCCACCGAUGCGCCGACCUACUCUUUGACCAGAGCUUAUAUCAAGCCAUUUCCAAAUUAAUCACCGAUAAUACAAAUAACAAUACGCCAUUCUUGCAAACUGAGGCCGUUGAAACUCUUCAUGAAGUGUUUGAAAUCGUAGCCCAAUCUCAGAAUGAACCAAUAACGCAAAGAGGCUUGGUUGUAUACAAAGAUUUCGUGCUCAACAUGCAAGAAUUUUCUCUCAACAUUUUCGCUUUCGGUGAUAAUGGGGACAUCGAAAAACGGAAUGAUUCCAAGUCACCAAAUCUCGAAAAUUUUGGAUCGACAUGCAUAGAUAUCUUAACACGUCUGUACUCCAUCACGAAUGACAAUUUCAAACCAUACAUGAAUAUAGAAAAGCAUAUUGAUAAUUUGAUGCGAGGUUUUUGUCACAAAUACUCCUUGAAUCGUUCGACUAUCGUCACAUUAUGGGAGAGUACGCGAGUGGUUUUCUCCAAACGUUUCUACAAUUUUUCCUACGAAAAUUCCCAAGGGAAACAUAUUUUGCAAAAACUUUUGGUCCUUUUGCGAAUCAUUUUAUACGGGACCGUUUCUACCGAUGAUGCGAAUAAACCUUUUAACCAACAACAUCAUAAGAAACUAUCCUUUUCCUCUGACGAGCACCCAUCAUCUCCAUCCGCAUCUUUUCCUCCGAACAAUUUGUAUAACUCUCAAAGUCCACUUCCGGCGGUUAUUUUGAAUGACUCUCGGCAAAAUUUUAAAGUCAGAGAAGAGCUCGAGUUUUAUUCCGACCUUAAGAUUAAGACUGUGACCGAUUUGAUAUGGAAAGAAUGCUUGUUCCCAAAUCUAUUGUCUAAUGUUGAUCAUUCAAUACGACAUCUAAAUAAUACACCUGUGAGUGGUGAGGUUACGCUUCCCACCGAUUUCAUAAAAGGUCUUUUGGAAUUAUUGGUUGAGGGAUGUGUCGACAACGUCAGUUCGUACGAAAGUUCUGGAACCGAUAAGACGCAUUUCAGCUCUCAUAUUCACACUACGAGCCACACUAAUUUUCCUAAUAUCAUGACUGCUCAUACGAUAAACGACAAAUUUAUAGGUUCCUGUUUGGAUUCGAUAUAUAAAUUAGCGUUGUCUCCCCGAAUACUCGAUACAUAUACACCGAACAUUAAUACUUUGCCUAUCCUUUUAUUAUUGGAUAGAUGCGAAAACGUGCUAAAAAAUUAUUUGAAAGACGAGGAAGUUUGGGCUAAGUACCCACUUCCUAAGAUUCGGUUAAUAGAAAUUACAUCUACUCUUACAACAUUGACCAAAUUACUUUCUUUUCUACAACAAAAUGAUCUUCCAAAUAAGCAAAAUAAUUCCUUGAUAUGGGACCGAAUUCUUAAUAUUUAUACGCUAUUGGUUAAUUGUAUGCUUUCAAAUUCCCGCCAAAUAUGCAGUUAUUUGCAAAACGCGCUAAAGCAAUAUACGGCAUUUUUGAAUCCUCCGCCUUCGUUUUUACCGCGAUAAAAAUAAAAUUCUAAUUUUUUAUAUUUAUUUUAAAUUUUAUCUUCGAAAGGGAGGGGGAGGGAUAAAAAAGAUUAACAAAAUACAAAAAUUGAUUAAAUGCAAAUAUUAUAUUUGAAUACAUAUUUUUUUUAUUAAUGGAAAAAAAAUAUUUAUGUAUUAAAUUAUAUACUAUAAAAUAUUUAAAUUUUAUAUUAAAAAAAAUUUAGUACCCACCACAGAUACUGCAAAUUUAACUAUAUUUCUUGAUUUUAAAUUAAAUUGGGUUAUAUUGUAUAUAAGAAGAGAA